CGGGUGCAAGUUCACACGAUCUCAGCCGUAACCAAGCAAGCCACGCUCCCUUCACCUCUUAAAACAAACGGAAAGAAAAAAAAACCAACAACACCCCCCGUCUCCGAAACUAGCGCAAUGGAAGUGACCAUUCAGCACCCGUUCCUGCGUCGCCCCUUCGGCUCGCUCUUCACCAGCCGUCUCUUCGAUCAGUUCUUUGGAGAGGGCCUUUUCGACAGCGAGCCUUUCUUUGGGCAGAAUGUCUCGCAGAACCCUUUCCUCCUCCUACAGGGCCGAUCAUCGCCUCUGCAGCGCCUCACGUCCAUCCUGGAUUCGGGGCUCUCCGAGCUGCGCGUGGACAGGGAGCGCUUUUCCAUCCACCUGGAUGUGCGCCACUUCUCCCCCACCGAGCUGAGCGUCAAGAUCGUGGACGACUCCAUUGAAGUGCACGCCAAGCACGAGGAGCGAGCGGACGAGCACGGCCUGGUGUCACGCGAGUUUCUGCGCCGCUACCGUCUCCCCGUAGGCGUCCAGGCCGACUCGGUGACGGCGGCGCUGACCACCGACGGGGUCCUGACUCUGUCGGCGCCGCGUCGCGACGGACGGGAGCCGCGGGACGGGCGCGAGAGCCGCGACACGCGCGAGCGCCCGGUGCACAUCGCGUGCGACGACAAGUCCUCCCCCGUGGGGCCUCCUCCCCCCGAGCGCAAGUGAAGGGAAAGGUGGCGGGGGGGGAGAAGCGAAACGCACGAAUUUGUUGUGUACUGCAUAUACCGCGUGCGUUGACUGCUUUCGACGGCCACUGCUACUACUGCGACCGCCGCUAUCGCUACGCGCGCACGCACUCACGCACACUCACGCACUCAUACACACUCACUCAUACACACUCACUCACGCAUACACACUCACUCACGCAUACACACUCACGCACUCAUACACACUCACUCACGCAUACACACUCACACACUCACGCAAGCACACUCACGCACGCAAGCACACUCACUCACGCAAGUACACUCACGCACGCACGCAAGCACACACGCAUUCACACACGCACGCACACGGGCACUUACCUGCAGCGGUGUUUUAAAUUAACAAACCAAAAAAGGUGCUAUCCCACCCAGUAAACGUGUGACGUUGGUGCGACGUCGGCAUGUUGUCGGGACCGUGAGGCCAACGUUGGCACGACGUUAGCCCAACGUUUCGUGUUUACUGCGCAAUUAUUGCUCUUCAUCGGCACGAGAACCAUCUGGGCACAUGCAUGAACGCAUAAUCUACGCGCAAGAAUGCUCACAAGCACGCGUACAAUGUGUGUUCGGGAAGUUGAAAAAGAAACACAUUUUAAAAAAUCGUGUUCAAAUUACUCUAGAUACAUCCAUCACGGUCCAAGAUGUACACUUAUACACAAUAAAGUAAAAAAACAAACCUUUCGCAAACGCAAAAUCAAUAUUUACGAAAUCGAAUAUUCCAAUAGUUCCCUGUGAUAAGAUAUGAAUGUUAUAAUAUAUGAUAGUUCAAGUGAGAUGUGUAAUUCCAUUUAGGGUCGUUUCAAUUGUGUCUGGUGUAUAAUUGGCACUGAAUUGAUGGACGGACGACUCUAUGGGUCUUUGAUUAUUGUUCUAAACGCAUGUCGUGUGCAUGCUAUUACAGAGGUAGGAGUAGUGGCGAGUCAGAGAGAUUUGUGUAAAUGCGUGGGCAUCCGUUGACAGCUGAAGCAUGACUUUAGAAAUUAAGAAAAGGAUAUCGUUUCGUCUGGAAAAUAGCCAUUCCCUUCGUAUUACGACUUGCUUAAUCAUGUUUAAACCGUGACAAGUUAUUAAACAUCAGAAAUAGUGAGAAAAACAAUUCGCAAAAAUGCUAUUUGAAAGCACGUUAUUGACAAGUUUCUGAAAUAACUGCUUACUAGGCAAUGAACCGCUUCGACUAUUAGCGAUUCGGAAAGCCAAACAAGAGCAAUGCGUGUGACGAUAGUUGCUGUUGAAAAUGUCAUGUGGGGAAGGGACCCAUACUCCCGCAAGUGAUAAGUGUGCCUCGUGUACGGUGACACGUUGUGAUCUGUCGCUAACUACUGUGGGAGCAGGAUGACACCUUACCGAUCACGCACUGUGAUACCAGGCCGAUGAUAAGAUGAAAUAAUUGAAUUUCCCCGCUUGCACGAGUCGAACGCAGCUCCGUCCUGCUGGUCGGCUGCUCGCGACAUACACCGCCGCUUCGCUCAUCUCUUUUUUGUUUUUCCCGAAGUGGCGCUCAACUGAGCACAAAUGUAACGGCAAAAUAAAAUGCAAUCACGUGA